AUGCUCGGUCUUAGUGCAUAUGAUAGCAGCGAGGAUGAGGUUGAGAUCAAGACUCCUGCUCCUCAGCCUAGUCCAGGCACCACCGAUGAAGUCCCGAGUGGUCCUGUGCUAGGCCCGGCAUCUAUGAACACAGCGCCAGUCUCAGAACAUCGCUCAGCAGGCGGUCGCACCUCUCCAUUCUCCCUAUCACGGGCUUUGAUUCAGGACUUGACGCUUCCUCCAGAUCCCCCCGACCCUGCCGCAAACGCCAAGUUCGAGCAUUUCCUCUCCCUCAAGAAACAAGGCGUCCAUUUCAAUGCAAAGCUGGCAAGCUCAUCGUCCCUGAAAAACCCGAGCUUGUUGAUCAAAAUGAUGGAACAUGCCGGGAUUGAUGAGCAAGCACAGUAUGAUACGUCCUUACCAAUUGAACUCUGGAAUACCUCCAAUCUACCCCCUUGGGCGUUCAAAGAAGAGCUCCUCCGGGUCCAGAAGGAAGCUCGGCAGAGAUUGGAAGAUAAGAAGGCGUCUGGACAGAGAUCCUCCAUUGAGUUUGUCUCCGGGUCUCCUACAAACCGGCCUGCUUCUGGCACAGAAAGCAAGAGAAAAGGCAAUCCGUGA